AUGGAAAUUAAAUACAACAGAUCACUAAGUGGAGUAACAGAAAAUCAAUUAUAGUAACCUCUCAGAAGAGUAACUAAAACUUUUAAUGAAAAUAGAGAUCCUGUUAGAAAGAAUUUGACUAUGUUGUAUAAUGAAGGUAAAAAAUAUAUAUUAUUGAAAUCAAGACACAUAAUAAAUUAAUAAAUCACUACCAUAUAAUAAUAAUAAUGAUUUGAAUAGAAAAAUACUUAAUUAAGAAAGAGUAAAAAGAUCUCUCAAUCAAGAAGUUUUAGAAGAUAAAGAAAAUAUGCCAUAACUUAAAGAAAUUACAUUUAUAAAUCAUUCUCUCCCAUAGGAAUUCUUAACAAUUUCAAUUAAGCAUAAAUUCGAUCAUACUAUUUCAGAGAAUAAUAAUCUCUAAAAAUUGUAUACAGAUGAAAUAUUCUUUUAUUUAAAAGAAUAAGAAGUAUUUAUGAAUACAAUUUCGUUAGAGAAAAUCAACACCCUUAGAAUGGUUAAAGUAUCACUUUAUUCCAAGUAAUUUGAGAGCUAAAAUGAUUGAUUGGAUGAUAGAAGUUCUAUGUUCAUAUAAAUGCAGUGAUUAAACAUUUUUUGUAGCAGUAAGAACAUUAGACUUUUAUUUUUCAAAAAGCCAAAAAUAAUUAGAAAUAUCAGAUUUACAUCUUUGUGGUGUAACAUCAAUAUUUAUUGCUGCUAAAUAUGAAGAAAUUAAUCCUCUUAAAUUAUCUGUUGUUCAUGAAAAAAUUGCUCAUAAAAAAUUAUCAACUGAUUAAAUAAAAAAGAAAGAAAGUGAUAUUUUGUAAACUAUAGGUUUUGAUCUUGUUGGUGGUACUCUAUAUGAUAUGUAUAAUCUAAUAUUAAUGAAUUGUUUUAUUGAAAAAAAACUACAAGAAAAAACCUAUAAAUAUCUUAAAAAACUUUGUUUAUAUCUCUCUAAAAUGAUACUCCAUGAUUAUGAAAUUUGUGGUAAAACUAAUUACACAUUAUUGGCGGCUGCUCUAAUUUUUGUUGCCUUUAAAAUUGUAGAACAAUUAGAUUCUAGUUUUGAUGCAGAUAAUUAAGUAUAAUCUUACAUUGAUUAUUAGAUUAAAGAUAUAGCUUUUGUUAUAUAAGUUGAUCACGAUUAGUUAAUAGAUAUUGCAGCCAAAGUCUUGAAUCUGGCCAAACACUUUGAGAAACAUUUCCCAAAUUUGGAAAAUUUAAAAAAAUUUAAUGGAUUUUAGUUAGAAGAUGAUGAAAAAUGAU